AUCAAGCCAUUACAGGGCUUCAGUGGAAGCUGUUUAUGUGAUAUCAGCACUAAUUAGCUCAUGAACUAACAAGUCGUUUGCACAACUUUCCAGCCGUGUGAUAAAGUGACCGCAUAGAUGGAUUGUUCCUGGACUAUGUGGCCACCUCGCUUCUAAAGUGUUCGCGGACCAACUUUUAAUGUACUCUUCCUCAAUCUCAGCAGUAAUACUUUUCUUUUGGGGGGGAGCAUCGCACAACCGCCCAUUUCUCUCUCUCUCUCUCUCUUGCACUGAGGAUAUACUGACUGGCAAAACCAUGUUCCAGCCAACACCUAAGCGGUGUUUUACCAUUGAAUCUCUAGUAGCCAAGGACAGUCCACUGCCUGCUUCGAGAUCAGAGGAACCUAUAAGGCCAGCCGCCCUCAGCUAUGCGAACUCUAGCCCUGUGAAUCCAUUCCUGAACGGCUUCCACACCAGCGGCAGGGCGAUCUACUCCAACCCGGAGCUGAUGUUCGCUGACGCGGUCUCUCAUCAAACCAACACGGCAGUACCGGUUCACCCAGUCCCUCCACAUGCUUUAGCAGCGCACCCUCUUCAAUCGUCCCAUUCUCCACAUCCCUUAUUUGCAUCGCAACAAAGAGAUCCUUCGAGUUUCUAUCCAUGGCUAAUACACAGGUACAGAUAUCUGGGACACAGGUUUCAAGGAAACGAGACGAGUCCGGAAAGCUUUUUAUUGCACAAUGCGCUCGCCAGGAAGCCCAAACGCAUCCGCACGGCCUUCUCACCGUCUCAGCUGCUGAGACUCGAGCACGCCUUUGAGAAAAAUCACUAUGUGGUGGGCGCAGAGAGGAAACAACUGGCCCACAGUCUCAGUUUAACAGAAACUCAGGUAAAAGUGUGGUUCCAGAAUAGAAGAACGAAAUUUAAACGGCAGAAGUUGGAGGAGGAAGGGACAGAUGCACAACAGAAGAAAAAGGGGACCCAUCAUGUCAAUCGUUGGAGACUUGCGACCAAACAGCCGAGCCCUGAGGAGAUCGAUGUCACCUCGGACGAUUAGAACUGCAAAACAAAAACAAAAAAUAUGUCAAACUAUAGUGUUACUUUCAAAAACAGCAAGAGUUGCUGUUGUAGAAAAGGGGAAAUAAAAACACUUCAUCCAAAAUGCAAUUCCUAUGUCGAGACAGCUGGGGUAAGAAGUCCAAGAGGUGGCACUGCGCGUACCGUAAACUGUUCAGAGGCAGCGAUCAAUCAACUCCGGACAAGAAGGUUGACAAGCGGACUUCUCCAUUUUAUUGUAAGGCAGUUCGCUUUCACGCGUACUUCCAAUCCAAUUCCGGACUUUUUGCACUUCCGAAUUCAAAUUAUAAAGAACUGAAUGGAACAAAAAUCGAAAACCCACACCUGUUUCACAAACUUGAAUUGCAUGUGAGCCGCUCAUGAAAAAGAUGGAUUACUAUAAAUACAAAAAAUGCGGGACUUUUUUUUUUCUUAUUUGCUUUGAGAGAGGUUCUGUCAGCUGUGUGCUUUUUACAGAAAAAUUGCUGUUUAAAAAAAAACUCCUGUUAAAUAAUUAUACCUUCCGGCGUCGACGUGAUUGUGAUACGGCUUUGAGGUAGAAAGAAGUGCUGCGUUUUUGAUGUUCACCAAACCAAUAAAGAAAGUUAGAAAUCUUCCGAUUAAAAAAAAAAGACCAGAAUUUUGGUCCUUCAUUUAAGAUAAGAAAAGGGUUUUUUUUUUCAAUUAAAAGAGAAUUCCGGAGUUUUCUUUGUUCAUCAUUUUGAAGUGAAAACAGAAUUCCCGUGAGGUGACAUGGUUUGGCUGAACUUGCUUGCAAGUUGCCACAACAGGACUAGGAGUAAAAGUCAUUGGCUAUCUCUGGGCGGCUGUGGGUCAACAAAGCACUGAGCUUGUUAUUCCGUGUUUAUUGCGACACGAAAGUGAAAGAUGUCUCUGCAAUGUCUUCUAUCGAAUGUAAAUAAUUGUGUUUGUUGAGUUUGUUGCAAUUCUAAUACAUUAUACUUCCAAGAAGUAUGUCAUUGUCAUAUUUUGUCAAUAAAGAUUUAUCCAUUUGCUGCUCAGAGUAAUCAAAGU